AUGGAAACUUCUUCUCUAAAAAUUAUUAACAAAGUUAUAGAAAAUAUUAUUCUUACUACUGACAACAAUAAUCAAACACCUAACAAUACUAAUGAAAGCACAACUAAAGCUAUAGACAUAGAAAUAAAUAAUAAUAUUCCUUCAACUUCUGACACUACAGAACCA